AUGGCCUCGUCGCGCUACGCCACAGCCUUCGCCGCCCCCCACGGCCCUGGCGAUGCCCGUCCCACCGCUCUCGACAUCAUCCGGGACGACGGUCUCGAGGGCCAGCUGAAAGACAAGGUCAUGCUCGUGACCGGAUGCUCCUCGGGUCUCGGCAUCGAAACAGCCCGUGCCCUGUCCGCCACCGGUGCCCGCGUCUUCUGCACCGCUCGAAGCAUCAAGAAGGGCCAGGACGCCCUGUCCGGCAUCCUGGAGCCCGGCCGCGUCGAGUUGCUGCAGUUGGAGCUGGAUUCCCUCGAGAGUGUGCGCCGCUGUGCCAGCGAGUUCCUGUCCAGGAGCAAGACGCUGAACGUGCUGGUCUGCAACGCCGGCAUCAUGAUGCCGCCCUACGCCAAGACCGUCGACGGUUUCGAGUCCCAAUUCGCCACCAACCACCUCGGCCAUUUCCUGCUGUUCAACCUGCUCAAGGACGCCCUACUCGCCGGCUCCUCCUCUUCCUUCAAUUCCCGCGUCGUCAUGGUCUCGUCCAUGGGCCACCGUGGCGGAGGGAUCCAAUUCGACGACAUCAAUCUGGAGAACGGCUACACCCCGAACAAGGGGUACGCCCAGAGCAAGACGGCAAACAUUUACAUGGCCAACGAAAUCGAUCGCCGGUACGGGUCCGACGGAAUCCACGCCCUCAGUCUGCACCCGGGCGGCAUAGCGACGGGGCUCCAGGUCCACAUCGACUCCAAACUCAGGGAGCAGUGGGCGAGCAAUCGAGAACUCAUGAGGGGGACUGUGAGCGCGGCCCAGGGUGCGGCAACCCAGGUUCUGGCCGCUGUUGGAAAGGAAUUUGAGGGAAAGGGGGCCAAGUACCUGGAACAGUGUUCGGAAAGCGGUCCCGUCAAGGCCGAGUACACAUUAUCCGACAGGGGCUACGAGACGUGGGCUUUUGACGAGGAGAAGGAGCAGAAAUUGUGGGUCGAGUCAUUGAAGAUGGUGGGGCUCGACGGAUAG